AUGGGGGACAGCGAUGGGGAGGAAGAAGUCGCAGCUUCAGUGGUUUGGGAGGGGGAGCUCCUAGACGGGGUGCCUGACGGCCCCGGCAAAGCGACUUUUCCAAACGGUGACCUUUUCGAAGGCAUCUACGCCAACGGACGGCGGCAUGGCAAGGGCAAGUAUACCUUUGCAAACGGCGCAUUCUACGAGGGAGAGUAUGCUGACAAUCUGAAGCAGGGGUUCGGGGUGACGGAGUAUCCGGAUAAGGCAAGAUACGAAGGCUCGUGGGCCCAGGACCAAAGAGACGGGCAGGGCACUUAUGCAUAUCCCAACGGCGACACGUUCGGGGGGAGCUGGAGUGCCGGGCAGAAGCACGGGAAGGGCACCUACUUCUUCAAGGAGAGCAUGAGCCAGUUCGAAGGCACUUGGGAGAAUGGGGGCUUCGUCCGCGGCAGCUGGAUCAUGCGCGACGGCAGCUCCUACGAGGGCGCUUUCGCCGCCAACCGGCCGCUUGGCCCGGGGGAGUUCCGGUUCGAAGGAAAGGCCCAUAAGCUGCCCGGCGAGUUCCUCCCGACCGGCGGCUGGAAGAGCGGCGGUAUCGUUGCGGCGCACUGA